AUGACUAUCGAAGCGGUCGAGUACCUAAAAUCAAUCAAGUCUGUGCGUGACACAACGUCGCAAGUGUUCAACUUCGCGGUAAGCAAUGGUGGCGGCCAUUACUUCGACCUCGACCUAGGCCAGAUGCCGCGCGUGGCGGACUUCCUUUGUGAAAUCGUGAAACGUGACUACGGGACUGAAUACGCAAGUAUUCCUCCCCACGGGCGCUGGCAGCACCUGAACCACGGCCACCCGGGCCGAGUCGAAGGUCUCAUUGCGCAGUGGCGCGACUCAGGAGUGGAUGAGGUCGAAGUUGCGCGGAAACUCGUGGACUUGCUUGUAUUCAGCGUGCUGGUUGAUGCUGGCGCCGGCAACUCUUGGAAGUUCACGGUUCCAGGAAGUUCUACUAGUGUGGGCCGUUCCGAGGGUCUGGCGGUCGCUUCGUACUACUUGUUCGUCGAGGGGAGCCUGUCGGACGACAGAGAUGACCCGUACAAAGUAACAGGCCGCGCGCUAUCAAACUUCGACGCAGAGUUGUUCUCACGUGGAUUCCAGGUCUCGGAAGCCAACCCGCUUGCAGGCGCGCCAGGACGUGUAUCGCUGAUCCAGCGGCUCGGCGCCGCACUUUUGGCGCGUCCCGAUAUCUUUGGUGCGGAGGCGCGUCCCGGAGCUCUCGUUGACUAUCUCUACGCCAAGAGUACGGUCACUUCAGACGCCGCUGGCGCAACCUCUCCCACGAUAGACCUGCAAGAUGUCUGGGAUGCGCUCAUGCAGGGGCUGACGAGUAUCUGGCCCGCUGGCCGCACUGUAGUCAAUGGAGAGCCUCUGGGCGAUGCCUGGCGCCUCGAUACAAAGGCCGCAGCAUCAUCUGACCAUACCCCUGCUGGGGUGCCGUCGGAUAUCGUGACCUUCCACAAGCUCACGCAGUGGCUCUGCUAUUCGCUGCUGGUACCACUGGAGCGAUAUGGCUACAAAUUCCGCAUUUCCAACAAGUCGCUACAGACGGGGCUUCCAGAAUAUCGGAAUGGCGGUCUCUUCUACGAUUUUGGCGUUCUGAAGCUUAAGUCCGAUGCGCUCAAGGGCGGUCUCGCCUUUUCCGCGCAAUUGCGCGACGCGGGUCAUGACGCCUCUGACACAAUCCCAACCUUUGAACCCCACCAAGGUGCUAUUGUCGAGUGGCGGUGCCUUACCGUGGGCCUGCUAGACAGCCUGCUGCCGCUUGUCAACAAGAAAUUAGAGUACGAGCUAGGGCUACCACAGCUUAUUGAAGCAGGUUCUUGGAAAGCAGGGCGCGAAAUUGCAGCCAAGCUCAGACCUGCAACGGGCGGUCCUCCAAUAGAGCUCUACAGCGACGGAACGGUGUUUUGA